UCUGUCGCAUAGUUGAUGACGUUGACCAAUAAUCACAGAGAGGGGCGGUACUUUUACGCCUGGUUUUACCUCAUGACGCAAACAUCAGCCGACUGCGAGGUACCGGCUCCCAGAAGGCAGUGCGCCGCAGACAGCGCCAUGGAGCCGGAGAUGCAGCCGGAGUUAGAGGGAGAGUCGCUGGCCCAGCGGGGGCGCCUCCCUGAGCGGUUACAGAGGCGGGACGAGGAGCGGCAGCGGGAGGCGGACAGGAAGCGGCAGGAGAAGGAGGGCCGCGCUGUGCUGGAGGAGAGGAGCGCCCAUUUUAUCGCCUCUUUCGGCUCUGACAGGGCGGGGAUCGAGGAGCUGUUGGGCAGCGAGGAGUCGGGGGCCCUGGGGGAGGCUGCGGCUCGGUUGCAGCGAUUGCAGAAGCUUCUGAAUGACAGCCUCAUGUUCCUCCCGCCCUAUGAUAUCCGCCAGGCCCAGGACUCACUGGCCCGAAUGCAGGGGGCUCUGGGGGCCAAACGCCAAGCUCUGCAGCCCCGGGGCAAGUUUGCCUUCAAAUCCCGCAGGAAAGAGGCGGCCCCUGCAAGUAAUACCACCCCUGCGGGGAAUCCCACCCCUGCAAGUAAUCCCACCCCUGCGGAACCUCAGGCCAAACCCAAAGCGGCGGAGCCCCAGGCCCUGUGUGGGCUGCGCGGACUCUCAGGCCAGGCCCUGUGUAUGGAGGCAGCUGAGAUCCAGAGGAGAGAUGUUGCGCUGAGCCAAUUGCAAGACUGCACCGUCACCCUGAGGGGCUCCCCCGCCACCCUGCAUAUCCGGGGCCUGCGGGGCUGUAAGGUGCUGUGUGGCCCCGUCUGCACCUCGGUGUUUGUGGACGACUGUCGCGACUGCCUGUUUGCCUUUCCCUGCCAACAACUGCGCACUCACAGCACCGAGCGCUGUCGCUUCUACAUUCACGUCACCAGCAGGGCCAUCAUCGAGGACUGCGCCCAACUGCACUUUGCCCCCUUCACCUGGUCCUACGAGGGGAUCCUGGGCGACUACGAGGCGUCCGGCCUAGACAGGGCCAAUAAUAAUUGGAACCAAGUAGAUGAUUUCAACUGGCUGGCCAGGGAUGUCCCAUCUCCAAACUGGGGUGUCCUUCCAGAGGAGGAAAGAGUCACCGACUGGGCCUGAUGCUCUGGGGACAUUGGGCGGCCAAGGAGGAUUGGCACAAGUUCAGGUGGAAGCUGGACAUUGCUUGGAAGACCCAAGAGGAAAGGAUAAAGCAUGAGCGCUACAUUGCCUAAAGGGAUUUAUAUUGGAACUCGCAUUCCUGGCUUCUAAACAGUUGGAGCCUUUUGCCUCAACCCUUAUUUGCUGGCCGUACAGACAUGGUGCGGGCCUACAGGUGUUUGGGCAGAGUGACCGGCCAUUGGUAUCCAGUAGAGGGGACUUGCCUGUGUAAAUAGAUGUUAUACGUCAACUGGAGCAUCGGCGCUAAGGGGAGCAGAGGUCCCAACUGGAGCUGAUGUCUCCGUAUACAGACUGUGUAAGUCUAUGUAUCAGUGGGCAGUACAUCUUCUAGAAGUGGAGUCACUGUUUCUAACGCUCUCUUGUUUGUGGCUGUGAAUGGGCCCUGCACAUAAGGCCGAGUAAUUCAUCAGGCUGCCAGCUGCACUAACCAGAGCUUGACUUUGCUUUUAAUUUUGUUUUUUAAUGGCUGAUGUAUGUAAAGGUGAUCACUGGAGCCAUUGGCCACAAAUGCAUGGAACAUCUUGGGGUGGAGUUUUAUUGUCCUACGUUCAACAGACAAAAUACUGUGCCUUAACCAUUCGGCUUGGCCCAGCUCCACCCACAAUGUAACCGAGAGGGAAGAUUCCAUUUUACUCCGUGAGUCUGUAGUGUCUGUGCCGCUGGGAGGAGGAAGAUCUAGAAGACGGGCUGCGUCUCCAUGAGAAGAUCGGGGCUCCUUGCCAUAAAGCCUUUGCGCAUUGCUGGGAGAAAUAACCGCACAUCUGGCGCCUCCAAGUUUUUAACAAAGAGAUUUCUAUAGAAAUAUAAUUUAUCUUUAUGCUUUCCCUAAUUAUAUUACAUGUUAAUUACCCCUGUGUAUGAAUGAUCUGCCAUUAAAUUGUACUGUAUUCUAGUUGGGACUCCAGCACUUCUAUCUAA